AUGUUCCAUCAAAUACGAAUCCGAGCUGAAGAUCAACACGCUCAGAGAUUCUUGUGGAGAGAUUGUGAUAGCAGCAAGAAACCUGAUAUAUACGUUAUGCAGGUGAUGACAUUCGGAUCAACCUGUUCACCGUCAUGUGCACAAGCGGUUAAAAACCACAACGCAGAAAAAUUCAGGACGAAUUAUCCAGUGGCAGCUGAAGCAAUAGUAAAGCAACAUUACGUCGACGAUUAUUUGGAUAGUUUUGAUGAGCUCGAUAAAGCAACAAAAAUAGUGCAACAAGUUAUGAAGAUUCACGAUCAUGCAGGCUUCCACAUCAGGAAUUUCACAUCGAAUAGUAGAGAACUUCUUCAAAGUCUACCCUCGGAACGUGUACAAGCAUUGACUGUCAAAAUGUUCGAAGAAAAGGAUUCAAUGACCGAAAAGGUACUUGGUGUAUAUUGGAACACCACGUCUGACACACUCGGCUAUCAAAUCAAAUUAGACAAGCUAGGAAGUGAUGUCACACAAAUGCUACGUUUACCCACAAAGAGAGAGGUACUAGCUUUCGUGAUGAGUGUCUACGAUCCACUGGGACUCAUCUCGAACAUAACGGUGCAUGGAAGAAUUCUCAUGCAAAAACUGUACAUAGAAAAUAUAGAUUGGGAUGACGAAAUUCCCGAGAAUUUGCAGUCAGAUUGGCAACACUGGUUAGAGGUGAUUGAGUCUGCCGAGAGCGUAACGAUACCGAGAUACAUUCUUGAAGAAAGAACUGGUGAAGUGGAACUACACACCUUUGUAGAUGCUUCAGAGCAAGCAUUUUGUGCAUGUGUGUACAUAAGAAAUGUAUCUGGAAACACACCACAUGUAAGACUUCUAUCAGCAAAGUCGAGAGUAGCACCAGUAAAACCAUUGAGCAUACCACGCCUAGAGCUACAAGCGGCCGUGUUAGGAAGCCGAUUGACAAAGUCGAUAAUAGACGAAACGAGGUUGAACAUCGUCAGCAAAACGUUUUGGAGUGAUUCACAGACCGUAUUGUCAUGGAUCAAGAGUCCAAAACGAAGAAGCACAUUUGUAAUGCAUCGAGUAGGUGAAAUCCUGGAAGACAACAGGAAAAAUGAAUGGCGAUGGGUGCCAACAGAUGAAAAUUCAGCCGAUGAAGGCACAAAGGAAAAGCUAGGAAAAUCACAAUGGUUUGAAGGACCUGAUUUCCUAAAGCUCUCAGAACCGUCAUGGCCUUCCACUGAAGAGAAGGAAACAGACGAAGAGUUGAGAGAAACAGUGUUAGUUCACGAAGAACUAUGCAAACUUAGUUUCAUCGAUAAGUACAAGGAGUACUCAGAUUAG